AUGGCUCAAAUGCUAACAUUUACUUACUGUAAUCAAAGCUCUCUAGUUGAUAACGAAAUUAUUACAUUGAAUAAAGAAGACUUCGCCAAUUUAACGCAACUUGAAGAAUUAUCACUAGCGAAGAAUGAUAUUCACACAAUAACGAAUGCUUUCCAUGGUUUGUCGUCUCUCAAAACCCUAUCAAUGCAGCAUAACUUGAUCGGAUCAUUAGAAGGGAAUUCAUUAAGAAAUUUAAUUUCCAUGACGCACUUGAAAUUAGCAGGUAACAACAUCGCAGAGCUACAAAAUCCAAUUAGACAUUUCAAUUUGUUGAAUCUAGAUAUUAGUAGUAACCCAAUUACGCUCUCAAAAAUCGUUGGCAAGAUUGAUAUAAUCGUAAAGUCUUAUUUGCAAACCAUCAUUGCUAGUAAUUGUCUAAUAUCAGAUAUUUAUGGGAUUGGCUUCCACUUCUUUACCCAAUUAAGCACACUAGUAAUUAAUGAUAAUAACCUAGAAUAUCUAGAUAUGUCUUCCUUCAGAAAAGAAUCUUCAAAGCUGAUGGAACUAAACCUUUCUACUAAUAAAUUAUCCGACGUCUGUAAGGAAAGCUUAGCUUUUCAUUUUGCCAAAAUUGAAAGACUAGAUCUUAGCCGUAAUAACAUUAACGUACUUGAAGAAAGAUGCUUUAGAGGCCUUUUGCAGCUGAGAACAUUAUUUUGCAAUAUUGUUUACAAAAUAUUUGAGAAUGAAACUUGCACAGAUUUUUACAAGGAAAUACGCUUGGGUAUAUAA